GCCGAGUAACACUAGUCACAGGGGUUGGUUUUCCGUUGAGACUAUUUUUCAGGUUUUGAAAUCCAUGACCAAGAUGGCGAAUCAGGAGAAGAUUGAAGUGAUUCAACCACCAACUGCAGUAGACAAACAAUUGGAAAGUUACUCAUAUUCUAAUUGGGCAGGGAAGAUACAAGAACAGUAUCAGAAAAUCAAAGAGAACGCAGAAACUUACCCUUAUGUUUGGGGUUCCUAUAUUGUUGUAUAUGGGGGAUUUGGGCUCUGGUUUGCCUAUAGAUGGCGAAGGCUCCGCAAAACUGAGGACCGAGUCCGAGUCCUUCAAGAGAGACUUCGCAAACUUGUGCAAGCUGAAGAGUUGACAAGUUCAUCUGCAACCAAAACACCCUCAUCUUGUGAUAAAUCAACAAAAUAGUUGUGUUUCUCUUUUCAUUGAAGUUGAGUUUUUAUGCAUUUUGUUGAAAAAAUAGAGUUCCCAGUGACUGCACUCGUUCAGAAAAUUAUCCGACUUAAUGGAGUGCACGGAGAAAAAGCCCCUUGCUUUAACAUAAUAUACCGCAGUUUGGAUUUAUUUGACACAUUCAUUUGGGAAAAUUCCCUUGUGUGCAGCAUAAUAGAGUAUUGUUUUGGGUAAA